UUGUUGUGAAAACCUGGCAACCCUGGUCCUGAAAGUGCAGCCUGCGGUAUUGCAGACGGAUAAUAUUGGGGAUACAGCUGCAUCUGAGCACAAAGAGGAGAGAUCUGAGGAAGAUCAGGCUCGACAACAGUGUUCAAAGACCUGAUGGAAGUGAAGGAGGAGAGUGAAGAACUGAGUGAAGUGGAGGAGGAACAUCUUGUCAAAUCUGGAGAAAAACCUUUGAGUCGCUCAAAGACUAAAAAGACAUUUUUAAAGAAUAGAAGAGCCAAUAAAUCUUUCACUUGCACUAAGUGUGAAAAGAGUUUCACAACCAAACAAAGUCUUGAUCGUCACAUGAGAGUUCAUACUGGAGAGAAGCUGUUCACAUGUGAUCAGUGUGGAAAGAGAUUCAGAACAAAGCAAAGUCUUGAGUAUCACAUGAGGAUCCACACUGGAGAAAGACCAUUCUCAUGUGAUCAGUGUGGGAAAAGUUUCAUGAAAUCAUCUGGCCUCAAAGAACACAUGAGAAUCCACACCGGAGAAAAGCCGUUCACAUGUUAUCAAUGUGGAAAGAGUAUGACAAAAUCAUCACACCUUAAGAGUCACAUGAGGAUCCACACCGGAGAGAAGCCAUUCACAUGUGAUCAAGUGUUGCAAAUCAUUUCUUAGGGCAUCACAUCUGAAGAGACACCUGAUCGUUCAUAUUAAGGAGAAGCCACAUUCAUGUUCUGUGUGUGGAAAGAGAUUUUCACUGCUGUGCAGUUUAGAAGUACAUCAGAAAAUACAUACUGGUGUAAGAGAGUAUGUGUGCUUUGAGUGUGAGAAGACGUUUACUACAGCAAAGUGUUUAAAACUGCACCAGAUGAUUCACACUGGAGAAAAACCUUACAAAUGUUCACACUGUGACAAUAGAUUCAGUCGGUCAUCAUCUCUGAAAACACAUGAGAGGAUUCACACUGGAGAAAAACCUUACAAGUGUUCAUACUGUGACAAGAGAUUCAGUCGGUCAGGACAUCUGAAAAGACAUGAGAUGAUCCACAGCAGAGAGAAGCCACACACUGUGAUCAGUGUGGAGUUUCUCUAUUAAAAGUCACGAAAAUUCACAUAAAGAUCUCACAUGUAAUUCUAAUAUGUAUCUAUAAUUCUCUAUUAUGCCAGACAAGUAAUUUGGUGAUGUCACUUUUGUAAAAAAAACAUUCAAACGCACAUACCUAAAGACUAAACAUGUAAAUGAAUAAAAAAGUACAUUAAAAGUCAGUAGGAAAAGAGUCGUUUAAGCAUUCAAGAUGACUUGACUUGUAUUAUUACUCCCUGAGGCUGUAACUGUCUGUCACUAACUGUCCAGAGCUGAAGCUCAUCAUUGAAAGUGUGCUGCAGAGACCGAUCCAUAUAAGAGAGCAGAAGAAACAGUAAUGGAGAGAGGUUCACUUCUCCCCUGCUCCAGACUUGUGCUUUAAGAACUCCUUAAUUCUGUUGAAAUUGCGAACUUGUGUGUUCUUCUGCUGUGAGUUGUGUUACCCAGUAUUCAUGUUGAUUGCCAGUGUUGAAAGAUCUUUAAUCCUGUUGAAUCGGAAAACCUGUGUGUUAUCCUGUUAAAAGUAAACUCUGAAUUCCCUGUUGUCUGCUGUGAUACAGCUAGUGAGUUUCUACCCAAGUCUCUUUCUUUGUUACAGUAUAUUAAGCCAUUGUAUCUUUGUUUAAUGGUUGGAAGCUGUAGGAAGAGGGUGCCAAUUUAUUUUCUAUCUAAUGUUUGUCCCUGUUUUUAGUUGGUCAGGGAGUUGAGGAAAACUUGUGUUGUAUAUUUCUUUGUUACCUGAUUAGGUAAUUUAUUCCUAUCUCUCUAUUAGUAAGCUGAUGUUUUGUUUGUUGUUUUGGUCUGGCUUUCUCUUGAAGACAUUCAAUGCUUCCCUUUUCUUGUGUACAUUUAUUUUAUGAAAUUCAAUAAACUGUUUACUUUUGGCAACUCA